AUGGCUCAAGAAAACGAGUCGCUACAUCCAGAGAUGCAGGAUAGCCUCAAUCUGGGGGAAGGGCCAAUAGAGGUGGAUGUGGCUAAGGUUGGACAACUACCUGGCCUUGCUGCUGAUGGGGGAGCUCUAAGCGGUAUCACCAUCAAUGAGGUUGACGAAGCAGAGAUGGCGCGCAUCACGGCAGCAAUCGGUCAGCCAGAAAUUCUUGAUGAUUUAGUGCAUCCAGCGACGCUGGGAACUGUUACGGUGCAGCAGGUGCCGGCGUCGAGGGCGGCAGCAGCAGCUGCUGCGGCGGCACAGCAGCAGGUUGCAGCGUUGCAGCAGCAGCAAUUGCAGCAACAACAGGCUGCUGCGGCUGCAGCUCAGCACUUGAGGCAGCAGCAGCAGCAGCAGCAGCAGCAGCAGCAGGGGAGCGCUGCUUUGGCGGCGGCUGCCGGGGCGGCUUCGCGUGCGGUGCCAGCGGGACAGAAUGAAAGGUGGCGUUUGUAUUUGCCACACGUGGAAAAGUUGCUCGAUGCGGAGGGUAUUUUGCUGUUACGACAGACAUGUCGGCUGCUCUGCAAGCACAAAUACCGUCCUGCGGAUGGCGUGUUGUCUUUUGGUAUGUUUCGAGGGGUUGACGCACGCAUCUUGAUGGAGCAGGUAGUACCGCUGGCUUGCAAAGCUGUGCACCCAGAGGUACGGGCUGCGGGGCUUUCUCUGGACUUUAGCGGAUGCUCCCUCCUGAAAGAUGCAUCUGUAGCUCGUUUGAUGGAUGUGCUACACGGUCGAAAGGAAGACAACAUCAUCGGCGGAGUGCUUAAGAGCCUCUGCCUCGAUUUUUGCUAUGAAGUAACCAACAAAGGUUUGGCAGCCCUGCUGACAACACAUCUCCCUUACUUAGAACGGCUGUCGCUCCGGUGCGCAAGGAGCAAUGAGUUGACCUUCACAAACGUAGCCACAGACUUUUCAGCGGACAAUUGGCCGAGUUUGCUGCACUUCGACGCGUCGUUUACUAACAUGAGGCUGGACGCAGCCACUGUUUUAGCAGAUUGCCUCGUGGGGAAUGCAACGGCAGUUAAUAAGCGACACAGGAAGGACUACGAGAGGAAGCUUCAGGAAGAGAAGCAACUGCGCCGGCUGUUACAUCAACAGGAGAAAGAACACAUUCAGCAUAUGGAGCAAGCAAGGUCUCUGAAAGAGCAGCAUGCUGCAGUGGCGGAGAGGCUGCAACAGCAGCAAGCGCUGCUGGACGAGAAAGAAAGAGCAUUGGAAAAUCAGCUGCAACUGGAACCGAUUCAAGUUGACGGCGAAGCUCCGCAGGAUCAGCCAGAGGAUCCUGAGCAGUGCGCUGUGCGGGCACAGAGGGAGCUCGUGCUGCGCUUGCAGCAGCAACUAGAGUCACUUGCUGCGGCAGUGGCAGCGGGGGAGGGUGCCGCAGUUGCGUGUCAAACCGCCAUUGAACACACAACAGCAGCUGCGGAUGCAGCGGGCUUUGCUGCAGCUGAAAGCCUCGCAGCUGCUGAGGAGGAGGAGAAGCACCCUGUCGUGGCAUCGCUCGAAAUCGUGGGCUCUCUUGCAUCCAAGUGCCUCCUUUCAAAGGUUGGCAUGGAGACACACUACCGCUCUUUCUGUCAUGCAGUGAAGCUUGGUUUGCAUGAUCAGAUCUCGUCGCUGACAAAGGUUGUGCAGAAGGAGUUCACGGAAUUGUGUGCCUCGGCUCCCUAUCGGGGCAGCUCACUGCUAACACUCCAAGCGAAGCGUGGCAGCGAGCUGCUGGUCAAUGCACCGUUUGUUGUCGACACGUCAGAAGAUGGCGGUGUUAAUGUGCUUACGCUUCCUGUAUCGAUUGCUAUACAGACGCAGGAUCAGGAGACUUUGAAAGUGCUGAUCAAACGGGGAGCGCAAAUCGACGUUUGUGACUAUUUGGGAAAGUCGCCACUAUUGCGGGCCUGUGAAGCUUCCCGAUUAGAUCUUGUGGAGGCCCUUCUUGACCUUGGCGUAUCGCCGAAUCCCCAUGACCUUCGCUGCGCUCACUUUCCCCUGCAAACAGCAAUACGGCGCAAUGACGCAGAGAUAGUCAAGAUGGCGUAUCAGUUGAACUCGAAGUGGCUACCUCUCUUCUUAGAAGCUGGUGCAGGCGCAGAGAAAGGCAAGAGAUGGGUGUUAACCGACGUACUGAGUUGCGCUGUGGCGAAGAAUGACGUUGACAGCAUCGGAUUAUUGAUUGACAAAUACCCAGACCUCAUGAACCGCACGCAUCCACUGUGGUCCAAGCCAUUGCUACAGGCAGCAAAACAAGGGCGUGUUCAUGUGCUGGAGUUGCUGCUCGCCAGUGGGUGCAACGUGGAUGCUCGGGGUGAGGGCGGUCAGACGGCCCUAUUGGCUGCCACAGAGGAAGGCCUUGGGAGUUGUGUUGAGCGGUUGAUUGACCACGGAGCAGAUGUUAACAAGGCCAACUUUGAAGGAAUGACCCCGCUGAUUGUAGCAUGCAUGGAGAACCACGAAGACAUGGUCAAUUAUUUCUUGGAUCAUACGCAGGAACCGUACAGAGUGAAGGUACACCCUAACAGUCUCCAGCAGCAGCCGCAUUUACAGGUAGUGGAAAACGCCCAAGGGGAAAGGGCGUGUGAAGGGAAAUGGAUCCUCGCAACACAGACUCAAGUCCUUGAUUGCAACAAAGCGGAAAAAACUGAGGGGGAAACCCCUUUGCUCGUUUGUAUUCGGUUGAGGAACGACAAGAUUGCGAAAACUAUCUUGAAAAAAGCCAAGUCCAUCGAUCUGGAAGCAAAGGAUUCGCAAGGACGCACUGCAUUACUUGCUGCGCUAUUUUUCGGCCAGUAUUCUGUGGCUGCAACGUUGAUGGAAAUGGGGGCGGACGUAAUGACACAAGACGAAGCUGGGAACACAGCACUAGCCAUUGCGAAUGAGCGGCUGCUGACACCUGGCAGUGACAAACGCGUUUUGCGUCGAUUCCUGCGUCUGUACCGAAGCCGUGACACGUCGCGACGCCAUGCAUCUUCAAGUGGUAUGCUGCAGUCGAUGCUGAGUGCGCUGCGGGAUGAAGGAGGUAGCAGUUCCCACGUGGAGUCUGACUCUGGGAGCGGGGGUGAGGGCGCUCGGUUUUUCCGGAAGAAGAGCGUUAGCCGCAGCAGUAGCAGAGGCAAGCAGAAUGGGCUUGACGGGGCUGACCCGAGAGUCUCGCGGAGUGAUGGCGAGGUUCAAGGCGCGUCGACAGCGGGCCAUAGCCGGGGUGCCGCCGCGAGUCCGUCGAGCAGCAGCAGGAAGCGCACUGGGAAGAAACUUAAGAUUGAGCCCAAGACAGUUCUGCAAGUUGCGAAGCUGCCAAUGUCCCUCUUUCGAGCGGCCAAGGCGAAAUGA